AUGACAAGAGAAACACUGAGAGGUCAGAAGCGGAAGAAGGACAAGUCAACAGUGUCGAUGGUAAUACAGAAGCUAAUAAUAAUAACAAUGAAGAUGAAACCACCGGUCAUGCAGAAGAAGGCAAGCAUGAUACUGAAUCCAACUCUGCUGCUGAGAGUAAAAGUGAAGUCAAUUCAACUGGAGAUGAUAUGUCCCAAAACAAUCAUGCACAAGAGGAAAACACUGGGGUGUACAAGUGGAAGUGGGAAUGGAUCAGAUGGAGAAGGUGAGAAAAAGGAGGCAGUUGAUACUCAAAGUGGUUCUGGAUCCCUUCCUGACGAUGCCAAGGCCGAAGCAACCGAUGACCAUGCUACUGGCAGUCUUCCUGACGAAACAGGGAAUAUACCAUCAGUUCAUACUGAUAAUUCACAAAAUGAUGCCAGUGAAAACCAAGGUGAUGCAACUUCCACUACCUCAGAUUCAUCUGAGCAUGGCACCGGUGAGGCUGUCCAUAUUGAAACUGGAUUGGAAGAUGAAAGUGCAACAGCAUCAUCUGGGACUGGAUCUGGUGAUGACAAGGGUAACUCAUCUGAUAGCACCUCUGCAGAAGAAAAUACUGAGACUGCAUCUGGUGAUGAUGAGAAGGGCACAGAAACGGGUACAGCCACUGAAGCGUCAUAUUCCAAAGAAGAGAACUCUGAGAACAGCAGUGUCUCAUCUGAGGCAGAGAACUCCCAAGGAGAUUCUUCCAGUGGAGUGAAUGGUUCUUCAGAAGAGACAUCUAACAAGGGUGAUGGAGCUACAGAAACGUCUAACAAUGGUGAGCAGGUGGAUCCCAAAAUUGAAACUAGCACAUCCACCAAUGACGAGCACAAUGAAUCUCAAGGGGCUGCUGGCAGCUCUGGAUCAAAUGACUCGAAUGGUAACGGCCCUGAACAAACCGGUAAAACUGAAAGCCAGUGA